AUGAAGACCUCAUUCAUCGCCAUCCUCGCUGCCGCCGCCGGCAUGGCCAUUGCAGACAGCCUUGACGUGCCCGAUUGUGCGAAGCAGUGUGUCAAUGACGACAUCCAGAAGAGCGGCUGCGCUCAAGAUCAGAUCAAAGACUGUUACUGCCAAAAGGCCAAUGUUAACUCACUUGUCAACUGCGUCAGCGGCGCCUGCAAAGACCAGAACGACUUGAUCAAGGCUGCGCAGGCUGCACAGAAGUCUUGCCCACAGCUCACAGGUGGUUUCAUCCCUGGUACCAACAAUGGCGGUGGCAAUAACAACGGCGGCAACAACGGAGGAAAGAAUUAG